GAGGUCUGUACGUUAGUGGUAUCUUAGUUAGAGUAUAUACGCAGGAGUAAGAUGGUAUAACAAAUGUAAUGGAGGCCGAAGACUUUUUUUCACAGUCCCGUCCAUACAUUUUUGCUUAACCUUGACUUGUGUAUGGCUGUGAUGUUGCAGACGAGCUACGGCCUUCACUUACUGUCAAACUUAUCGUCAGCAUCAAACCACAGGAAGUUAUCAUCUUCUGCACACGCCCCCCACCCCCCACCCCAUAACACAUCCUUGCGUGUUCACCACGAUGAUACUGGCACGGAAGUUGUGUUUCAGAGAGUAGGUGGUUCUUGUUUCUGUGUCAACGGUGCAAAGGGACGUGAGGUGAGGUGUGCGAGUUAAAAGCAAAAACUACGCCUGUACGAGCACAGCUGGUCUGGCAAAGUCAGUUGCAGUUGUGGAUGUCAGGAAUGGGGACCAUCCCAAACGACAUCAGGAGACUACUAGAUGACUGCGAGCUGUUUAUCUCUGAGAUCCUUCAGGACGAGGAGCUGAGUGAAAAUGCGGCCGAGACCCGCAAAAUCCUACUGAAUAAUUUCAGGGUGGUGCACGUGAGAAACCCUCAGGAAUUCCCCUUCCCCUCUGACUCGAGGGAGGAAGACGGUUCUGACGACAACCGCAGCUCGAGUCUGGGUCGCUCUGCGCCGUCAGACGCCGCCUCGCUGGCUUCCGACUACCAGGAGGACGGACCGGCUGAGUACUUUGAGGACAUCCCCCUCACAGCCGCUCAAGACCUUGGCAACAUCCUGAAGCAGGGUUACUUGGAAAAGAAACGUCGAGGACCCUCCUAUUUAAAAAUGUGCCUAUUAUGAUGAUUUUUCAAUUUUUAUUUAUUUUUGUGGGGGAGCGGGUUUUGCACGUCUGCUUCCCCCCCUGCAGAUAAGCAACAGAAAGGCUCGUUUUACAUCAACGACUACAGCGUUCAGCUCGUCAACAACCUGAGGAAAGACUCCAAAAGGAACGCCUGCUUCGAGCUGUCUGCUCCCGGACGGAAGACUUACCAGUUUACGGCCAGCAGUGCUCAGGAGGCUCGAGAAUGGGUCAACUACAUCAGCUUUGUGCUCAGAGAUCUCAGCUCCAGCACCAUUCCCUUUGACGAGGACGAGGAUGAUGAAGUGGGCGACGACGAGGACGAGGAGGGGACCUACGACGACAUUGAAGGGGCGAGCGGCCCGACCCCGCCCUGGCCCGCGGCCGCCGCCGUCACCGCCAACCGGGUGUCCCUCGGUAGCACGGGAAGGCGGGCAGAGGCUGACGAGGACAACGACAGUGACAUUUACGAGGUUCUGCCAGAUGAGGACUUUCCAGAUCCUCCCGCCGACUGUUUGGAGUCGCCCAGCAAAGCAGCAGUUUUGGAUUAUGCCAACUACUACCAGGCUGUGUGGGACUGCCAGGCUGACGCGCCAGACGAGCUGUCCUUCCGCAGAGGAGACCUCAUCUUUAUUCUCAGCAAGGAAUACAACAUCGAUGGCUGGUGGGUCGGCGACCUGAAUGGCGUCGUGGGGAUCGUCCCCAAGGACUUUAUGCACCCGGCCUAUAUCCUGUGAGCCGCAGCAAGCCUCCGCUCGUCCACACACUGCUCCUGCUCCGCACGCCUGUCCACAAGAUCACGCAGAACUCCAACAAGGAAAGCUACGUUCGACCAGAGGGCUUUGCAUCUUCUACAGAAUGGCCAAAUUGACUGCAACAAGGCUCACCUCGACAGAAUGACCCUUAAAAUGGCUGCCAUCCUGUGGCCUUUGGGUCUUCCAAAUAUCGGGGUGCCCGGCCACACACUUGGAAGGUUUGAAUAUUUAAGAGUCAAGAGCUAACGUUACCGUGUCUUUCAGGCCACUGUGCUGUCGAAGAAACGUCCAGCUCUACUCUCUUCACAAGUGGUGCUGAAGAACCAGAUGACACGUUGUGAAGUCGAGUCGUCAACGUUUGGGCCUGUCGCAAAAUUGCAAUCAAGUCCUGGAACUGUUGGUUGGAGGCGGCGCUGGUGCAGGGCCUCAGGAAACAUGGCGUCACGAUCCACCUGAUGUCAUGCACGCUGUCAGGUGACUGAAGCUACAAACAAAAAGCACGGCACAUUGAAUUUUCAAGCACACUCACCUGCUUUUUCUUUCAUUCUGCAUGCAGUGCAGCUUCCAGUCAGACCCUCCACCUGCUGGGCAAAGAGACAAAUGCGACAAGCUUGUCUGCUCCAUUUUCAACGUUGCCGUUCAAAGAUGAACCCGUGGAAUAUCAGGUGAAAUGUAACUGAGCCAUCUGCUGGUAAGAAGGCUCAUUUCAACAAGCAUGUUCUCCGCAGAGUUCAAGACUACUUUUUUUUUUUCUUCCUCUUCAGGCAGCAGUGAACAUGAUCGGCUUCCUCCACAAAAGACCCAACAACUUGUCUCUCUCGCUGGUCAACACACCUGUCCUCCGUUCUUCUCACGAGCCGACCACUUCGCCACCCAGCGACGUGCAGACUGCCAUCCAACUUGCAACUUUUUCCUCUGCUUUGUGAUUGUCUGUUCUGCAAAAGAAAUAAAGCUUGAUUACAAA